AUGGAGUACUUAGUUAUUGUUUACGACAAACCGGGAACCGUAAGAAUUCCAGCGGCUUUCAACAAGGGAGUGACCAACUGUGGAGCCAUCUACAAGGACGAUGCGAAGACCGAGUUUGCAGGGUCCUCCUACAACAUUGUGGCCAAUUCCAGAGAGGAGAUCAUUGAGUUCUUAAAGACUGACCCCUACUACAAGGCAGGUAUCUGGGACGUGGACAACGCGCUGAUCUAUCCAUACGGAUGUGCUGGACGACUUGCGAAAGAUAUCGUGAAGCCAUGA